GAAAACUUCAUGUUCAUUGUUUUCUCUUACUAGGUAACGCUGGACCGCAUUUUGAAGGCCAUUCUAAUAUUCAAAGGGCUCAUGAUUGAAUGGGUCGUAGUGAAGGGCUUCAACGAAGAAUCCACCAAGCCUGAUGGCAGUUUGGAUGUGUGGAGCGAUUCCAAAUACCAAGUAUUUCAACGCAUCACCGAGAACGCCAAUGCCGCCAUGCUUAAUUUUCAAUCGCCCCUCUACCCCGAAUUGGGCGUCAAAUCGUUCAUGACCUAUUUGCAUAGCUUCCUCAAAUUGUUCACGGAGAAGUGUAAGAAAUGCGGAUACCAUUUACAUAAUAACAUUCCACCCACUUGGCGCGAAUUCAAAACCCUGGAACCGUUUCACGAAGAUUGUCGACCUUGAGGACAAAAAUGAAUAAAACAUUUUGCAUAAAAUAUCACUGAGCCUUUG